AACAUUUAAAUCUUUUGAUGCGAACAAAAAAUAGACACAAUUUAUUUAAUUGUUCUAACCAUCGACUUACCGUUUUAAUUAGAGUUAAUUAGUUAAUUAUCUUGAACAGAGAGAAGAAAAAUUCACCUUAAUUGUCUUCACUAUUUAAUUUAAAUGAUGAUUAUGAUUCUACUUCUGGAUGUUUCCAUUUCCACUUCCAAGUUAAUUUAAUUUUCUUUUUUCUCCCUUUAACUGGAUUAAUUUUUUUUCUUUCUUUUCUCUGGUGAUCAAUUGUCAAUUAGUUGAAGUGUUACAAAUUCUCAUCUUCUUUUAAACACAAGUUAAACAGUUACAAUUAGAAAAAAAGUUAAUUAUCUUGACCAGUUUAACUCCUUUUCUUUUUUAAGUGUGAAUUAUAGUGAUUUUUUCUAUAAAAUGCUUUUAUCUUCUAUCAACCAUUGGGAAGAGGAAGAUGUUUAGUCCUGACAUCGGUUUAAUCGGUUGUUGUGUUUUUCUUGUGGAUUUUUUUUCUUCUGUGAUUGUAUGAUUAUCUAUUUAAUUGUAAUUUGCGAAAAUGUUAUUUUAUAAUUCAUUUUGUUCCCUGUUUUAUAAUUGAUCUUGAAAAUUCUGUUUAUCAUCAGUUUUUUUCUAAUUUAAUUACUUAAACCAUCAUCUCUUUCUAUUCUUUUUCUCCUAUUUUUUUCUGUUCUAUUUUUUGUGUGCCUCUUCUUUCACCUUCUCUUUCUCCUUUAUCUACCUCUUUCUUUUUUUCUUUCUCUCUUUUUGUCCUUUCAUCAUCAUCUUCUGCCUCAACAAGGAGCCGACAACAACAACAACAUCUCGGAAAGAGAGAGAGAGAAAUAUUUUGAAGGAUAUUUACCUUACCACUUUGGUUUCUUCUUCUCUGUUUUUGCCAUCAUCUUUAAUCAUCAUUAUCUAUCUAUCUUUCUUUCUUUCUUCUCUAAAAUAACAUGUCUCUUACUGAGAUCACCUCACCACCAAGCCUUGAUCAAGUAUUAGAGGCUAUUGAUCGAUUCUAUCGGAAUGAAGUUUGCACCGAUAAAGAGGCUAAAAAGAUUGCCGGAAGUUGGCUUGAAGUUGUUCAGAAAAGUGUCUUCGCCUGGGAAAUCGCUGAUCAACUGUUGCUCAGGAAAAAGGAUGUUGAAUCGUGUUGCUAUGCUGCCCAAACUUUACGGACGAAAUUACAAACAAGCUUCAAUGAGCUUCCACCUGAUUCAUAUACAGCACUUCGAAACUCAGUAAUUAAUCACUGUAAAGAGAUAAAUGUUCCAGUUAUACAAACCCAAUUAGCUCUAUGUCUUACUUAUUUAGCUAUUUUAGAUGCCUCUUGGUCUAAUCCUGUCGAGGAAUUGGUUGCCAGUGGCCUUGACUGGUAUGUGGUGGUUGAAAUGUUGACUUUACUACCAGAAGAGCUUAAUCAAUCUAGAAAUCCUAAUUUAAAAACUGUUGGUAAUAGUAGAAGGGUUGUGAUGCUUAAAUAUCUUACUAGUAUUGGUCCUAAAAUAAUUCCCUUCUUAAAUAAUACCUUAUCAGAGGUGAAACACCAAUUACAUGGUAAUGAAUCAGAUGAGCCUGAAUCAACACAACAAUUGGCUGAAAAAUUAGUUGCCAAAAUAUAUCGAUGUCUAGGAGCCUGGUUAACCAUAAUUGAUGCUAGUGAUAUUAAUUGUAUUGAGCCAUUAUUAACCUCAAUUUUUGGUUCACUUCAAGAUCCAAAAACUCCUGAUACAAUUCAUGAUGCUGCAGCUGAUACAAUUUGUAGUGCUGCACUUUUAUGUGAAGAGUAUGAAAAAUACCAACAUUUAACUCAUUAUCUGUUGAUUCAAAUUUACCAAUUAGAAGGAGUUUAUCAACAUUCUGUUAAUAAUGAAGACAUCGAUAAAUCAGUCAACUUUAGCCGAAUAUUCACCGAAAUGGCAGAGUCAGUUGUCUCUCCGUUAAUUAUUGGAGAUAAUCAAAUGCCCGUUAAUUCACCAGUCACUGGUAUCAAUUUGGUUAACCUUGUAUUACGCUGUGUUGAUCAUUAUGAUUAUGAGGUGGCUGAGAUAACUUUCCAAUUCUGGUAUCGAUUUGCAGAUCUUCUUAAUAAACGUAAUAAUCACGUCGCCGUUACUUACAGUCAACAUGUAAUGAAACUUUUGGAUGGUUUAACAGUUCACUGUCAAUUAGACACGGAUCAAGAAAGUCUAUUAAGUCCACAAUCAGAUCUACAAGAAUUUCGUAUAAGAGUCAGAGAUUUAGUCAAAAAGGUAGUCUUAAUCGUUGGUGCUUCCAAUUAUCUUCGCCAUAACAACAUUGUUAACAGUUUGAAAGCCUCUUUGGGUCAAAUGAGUAAAGAUCAAGGUUCCUGGGAGCAAGAUGAAGCUUAUCUUUUCAUGAUACUUUGCCUUAUCAAAGAUAUUUAUGAAGAUGCAGCUUUGGUCACUGAUACUGUUAACCUCAUUUUAUUCACCCGCCAAUGUCAAUUUAAUCCUAAUACUGGUGGACAGUUACGAUCCCUUCAUCCACAAAUAUUUGCUACCUGUUGUAACAUAUUAGGUGAAUUAAGUGAUUGGUUUGAAAAUCAACCUACAAUCUUAUUUAAUCAUGUUCUUGACUACCUCUUACCUUUAAUCACCAACAAUUCUCAAGAAAAGUCUAUGGUUGAAUUGUCCAAAGCCGCUUGCUCAUCAGAAUCAAAUGUAAGCCUUUCAUCAAUUGCUGCCUCAUCUUUACAUCAAAUUGUUGGCUGUUGUGCUUCAAGGCAUCUUAUUGGAAAUGAUAGUAUCAUUGAACUGUUAAUGCAAAUCUGUAUACAAGCUGAUGUUCUCAAUGAAGCAGCGACACAUAAUUUACUUCAAUGUUGUUCAACUGUUGUAAGCCAAUCAACCGAAAACAAAACACGGAUAGACCAAGAAAUUGUUAUCGUAAAACUUUUGGAGCCCAAUAUUGAACGUCUAAGUCGAAUUGUUAGUGGAACCGUUGAACAUGGUAAACCCGAUCCAGUUGUUUACAUGGAUAGAAUAUCUUCAAUUUUCCGAGGUUUACGACUUAAACCAAGGAUUCCCAAUUUAUCUUCUAACGAAUCUCCUUUGGAUGUAAGAGUAAUGGAGCUAUGGAAAUUGAUUGAUGCGGUUCUCAAACACAGUUCAAGUACAAGUGAUGCUCGAACCGUUGAGAAAUCCUGUAGAUGUCUUCGCUAUGUGAUACGAUGUUUAAGACCAAUUCAUCUUCUUAUUCCGGUUGCUGAAUGUAUUGUCAACCUUUACUCCCAAUUUCCACAACAUUCAUGUUACCUUUAUUUAGCCUCCAUUUUGGUUGAUGAAUUUGGUGAUACCCGAGAUUUAUCACUAACGGAUAUAGACAGAGAAAAGAUUGACAAUGGUCUUUUAGAAAUGUUGACACAUUUUUGGAGACCGACCUGUGCUCUCCUUACUGGACAACAGGUAGAUUUAAGAAAUCAUCCUGAAACUAUUGACGACUUUUUUAGACUUUGUACCAGGUAUUUGCAGAAAAAUGCGCAGCGUUUCCUUUCAUUCUCUUUGCUUGGUCAAAUUCUUGAAUUAUCUUUAGCCUCACUAGCCUUAGAACAUCGAGAUGGUAUCACCUCUGUCUGUAAAUUCAUAGUUGAACUAAUUAGUGCGGGUGCUGGUAAAAACACUAAUUCAUCUCCAAUUGUUCGUGAUCAGGUUGAACAAUUGUUAACCGGUUGCAUGGGAAAUGAUACUUGUUACGGACAGAAACUAGUAAACACCUUGAUGAAUUGUGCUCUCGUCACAUUACCAUCAUUUUAUAUUCCUGACAUGGCUGACAUUUUAUGGAAUUUGUUAACUUGGGAUAAAACUCGAAUUCAAUGGUUGGAGAAAACUUUACAAGCUGUUUCAAUACACUUACACCCAGUAACACCAGAAUCAGCUCCACAAUCAUUACAAGAAUUCUAUGAGACUAUAAAAAAAGCAACCAAUAUAAAAUUACUCAUUUCUUCGAUGAGAAGUUUAUCAAGAAUUUAUCGAUGAUUGAAAUAAAACAAUUCAAGACAAACAAAUCAACGACGACGGCUAAAAAACAAUAAUUUGAUGACAAUCUAAUUUAAAUUUUUAAAAACUACCAUUAAUAUCAAACAAUAACAUCCAAACACCAAGAGCAAAACCGCAAAUUGUAUAUUAACAAAUUGAAAACAGCAUUAAUUUGGGUGUUGUUCAAUUAAUAUUAAGAUAUUCAAUGUUAAUCGUGACUCUUUAUCAACGAAUCAAUGAAAAGAUUUUCAACUUACAGACUUGACCACCACAACCACAAACCACCACCUCCACUUUAACAAAUCUACAACCAGCAUCAAGAAUCAUUUGGCUACUAACGGCAAUGGCUCACCUUAACCUGAUUAACAAUUAACAAAAACAAAAUUGGGAAAGAAAAAAAGAUCUGUCAAAAUCUAAUUGAUAGAAAUGAUAAUCUUUUUGUUUUGCUGAUUUCUUAUUGCUCCUUUCCUUAUAUUAUUUCUUUGGAUUGUAAAUUAAAGACUAUAAAAUAUGAAAGGCCAAAUAACAUCAACAACAUAUAAAAAAAAACUACACCAUCAAGAGUUA